AUGCCAUCGACUUCGAACAGGCACGAAGAGAAGCACUCGCUCCUCAAGGAUGAGACCGAGGACGAUUCCUGCCUCGAAGGCUCCUCUAGGGCACCAUCGGUCGACCAGGAGUCCGGGGCCGUCAACGUAAAGAAAAGCCUACUGUGGCGUUCCAUCGACCCGGCCUGGAAGUCGUGGUCCCUCGUCGUCCCGCCCGUCCUCGUCUACCUCAUCCUCUCCUACCUCGCCUUCUUCCCCUCGUGCGAGACAUGCCCGAAGAAGAUGGACAUGUCGGGCUACGUCUGCGCCCCGAACGGCGCCCUGCCCCAGAUCGCCCGCGAGCGGAACUGCGAGUUCGACACCAUGUCGUUCAAGUGGUGGCCCAAGGAGCCGACGACGCACAAGGACAACGUCGCCCUGGUCAACGAGUUCCACGCCGAAGGGCCAUGGCACCGGUACUACGACAAGGGCGGCAAGCACGAGAUACCGCCCACGACCGAGGUCCUGACCGCCGGCUGGGUGUCGAGGAGGGAGCACACCUUCCACUGCAUGUACACCUUGCGGCAGACGCAUCUCUGGAUCACCCUGGGCUACGACCCGCCCUUCAACUACACCCACACCAUCCACUGCACCAAGUACCUGAUGGACACCAUUCUGGAGAACCCGCCAAAGGACUUUGAUGAACUAAAUGUGCACGGAACGCCGUGGCCAGAGCAUCCAGCCAUUGUUAAGCCUUACUAUCCCUGCAAGCAAGAAGGUCUCAGCUGCGAAUCCUGGUGA